UUGGGAGGCCAAAUUAUUAUAUUGUGGAUCUUGCUAAAUUUCAAUUGCUGGUUACGAAAAUUUUCGUUGAUAUCCUCAGCGUUAGGGUUUAUUUUGUCUCAAUCUCUCAACCUUAGCCCAUCCUCUAUUUAACCCUUUUCUCCAUUUCAUUCCACAUCAUCUUCUCUAUCUCUAUCACCUAUCUUAAAUGUUAACACUACCAUGGCUGCUGAGCUUGGCCUUCUCUCCUUGAACAAUUUCCACCACCGAAAGCUACCUCAAACCCAACAAAAUCACAAUCAUCAGCGACACAACUCAUCAUCAACUUCCUGGAUGUGGAACCCUAAGCAAACCCAAGAAGAAGAUGACUCCUGGGAGAUCAGAGCUUUUGAAGAAGACACAGGUAAUGUAAUGGGGACAACUUGGCCGCCGCGCUCUUAUACCUGCACUUUUUGUAGAAGAGAAUUCCGAUCAGCUCAAGCCCUAGGUGGUCACAUGAAUGUACACCGCCGUGACCGAGCUAGGCUUCACCAAACUGUGCAACCACCUGGUUCAAUCAACCACCCUAACUCAUCAUCAACUUCUACUUCUUCAUCAACUUUCUUAAUCCCAACUCAAGAAUUUUCCACUACAAAUGGUGGGUUAUGUCUGCUCUAUCAAUUACCGAACCCUAAUGGGAUUUUCACUUCAACUAUGAAUGCAUGUGCUAUUGAUUCACCUUCUACUCUUCUCUCUAUCUCGCCAUAUCCCCAUAACCACUUGAGUGGCCAAUCUCUUAAUUAUCCAGUAGCUUCACCAGUGAUAAAUUCUUCUCAUUUUUACUCAAGCAAAGCCGAAUCCUCAGCUUCGAUUGACAAGUACAAGGAUUUGGGAAAUGAAGAACUUGAUCUAGAACUGAGGUUAGGACACAGAUCGACUUCAUCAUCAUCAUCAGCAUCAUAAUAAAGUCACUAGAUCAAAAGCUUAGACUAGUGUGAGUGUGAUUUGCUUUCAAACUGCUGCGUCUUGGAAGAUAGAGAUUGCCAUUGACUUGUUUUCAAUUUUUUUUUUUUUUUUCUAAAUCAGUGAUGGGCUUGAGAUUGACUGUGUGAGAGAGAGAAAUUGAAAGAGAGAAUUUUAGGUGCCAUGGAAAGUAAAGAGGAGGAAAGUAGAAGAGAAAGAUGAGCACCAUGUAAAAUCAAAUGAAAAAGAAAAAAAAAAAUUGAAUGAUUUGAUUUUUUUUUUUUU